UAUUGUCCAUACGACCCACUCCCCCCGGCAAGCUUUAUAUGCCUUAUGAAUUCACCCCCCAACGCCAAAGCAUCGGCAGCAGCGUAAGAAGAAGAGGAGAAGAAGGCUUCCCAUGGUGCCCGGUGAGCGAACUCACUGCGAUCCGACCGUCCACGUCCCCCCCUGGCAUUUUGCGGAGUAUCCGACCGUCGUGAUGCAGCAGUACUCCGCCAUCCCCGUAAGCGGCGUCGCUGGCCUGUCCUGUGACCUCCCGCCGCACCUCCUCGGCGAGGCGGCGCUCGCCGCGCUGCAGCGCUUCCUCCCAUGCAACAACGACCCCUCGUCGGCAGCUACCGCCGAGGCGUACUCCUGCGACGAGUUCCGCAUGUACGAGUUCAAGGUGCGGCGGUGCCCCCGCGGGCGGUCGCACGACUGGACCGAGUGCCCUUACGCCCACCAGGGCGAGAAGGCGCGGAGGCGUGACCCCCGGCGCUUCCACUACUCCGGCACUCCCUGCCCGGACUUUCGCCGGGGCGGGGGUUGCCGCCGCGGCGACGCCUGCGAGCUCGCUCACGGCGUGUUCGAGACCUGGCUCCACCCUGCACGUUACCGCACCCAGCCCUGCAAGGAUGGCGCCGCCUGCCGCCGCCGCGUCUGCUUCUUCGCGCACUCCCCUAUGCAGCUGCGCGUGGUGCUGCCCCCGAGCCCGACGUCGCCGGGCAAGGACGGCGCGAGGGUGACGUUGUCGCCGACGUCCACUCUAGCACCGGCUCCCAUGUCGCCGCCUUCGGAUGGCUCUUCCCCUCCGGUGUCUCCGGUGGGGGUGGACGAGGUGGUGAAGGCAAUGAGGAAGCUACAGCUGAGCAAGGUGAGCUCGGCGCCACCGUUCGGGACGCGAAGUGGCAUGGGGUUCCUGUCGGCCUUCGGGAGCGCUCCGGUGACUCCGGGGACGAGGGAGGAUGAGGCCGCUAAAAGGAGGGAGGAGGAGGAGGCGGUGCCGGAUUUGAAUUGGGUAUCGGAACUGGUGAAGGAUUGAAGCAGAAGAUUGCCUUUGACACUUAUGUCAACAUUUGCUCAUAAAUAAGAAAGAAGAAGAUUGUGAAUGUAUGCGAAAAAUGUGAAGGAAAAGAUAUAUUUUUUGUUGAAAUCUGCUUGCAGAAACUCUCCUCCUUUGUUGUUUUUAUUUCACAGAUGUUUUUGGAUUUAA